AUGGAGACAAGUGAUCCCAUGGUCAAGAAGAAAUCCGAUCGCGUACCUACCAAUGCACCCGUGGUGUGGAAAGUUCUGGCCAUCGUCUUCAUUCUGAUAAGUUUAGCGUUAAUGAUUGCGUUGAUUGUUGUAGCAACGAAGAAAUCAAAAAGCGAUCGUGAGCCAGCUGAAAAUUCCAAAGGAGAUCAUGUUAUUCAAGUGGAAAACUGUGUAAAUGGAAUGGAUGGACUUGCUGACCCACCUAAGUCUUCGGGUCUUUUCGACGAUCUAACAAUCGAAGAAAUCACCGCUGUUAGAGCGUAUCUAAUGGAGCAAGCUUCACUUAACCUAACGGAACCUGCCGAAGCAUCGGUCGACAGUAAUUACAUCUACAUGAUACAGUUUCUUCCACCGUCCAAGAAUGAAGCUUUAGAGUAUUUGGACAACAAUGGCGCCAAGCCUGAACGGAAAGCUGUGGCGGUGGUAUUUCAUGGCGCUGCCAAUCCCCCGCUUGUCAGAGAAUAUAUAGUCAGCCCUGUUUCCAAACCUACUGGACACGUCGCAAGAAAGAUUCCUGGUGGGGAGAAAGACUUUGUAACAUUCAAUGCUCGGCCUUUUGAUACUCGCACGAGAAUGAUAAUGACCUAUGUUGUACAUUAUGUCUCUGCAAAACUCGAUAAGCUAAUGAAAGAGAGUUACGAUGGCUUCUCGUUCACCGGAUGCAAGUCACCUAAGUGUCUUGGAAUUGGUUUUACUUCUCCUAUGGGAUUUACUGCCGAAGAUCGCAUAAGUUGGAUCAAUUUCAAACGUGACAUGACAGGACAUCUUGACUUGUCGAUGUUAGUAGAUUUUGGAGGAGCGGACACGAAAAAAUGGAAAAUACUCAAGGUUCUCUACAAUAAUCAGACAUUUGACUCUGUUGAUGAGUUAGCGGCCAAAUACGAGAACAACACCAUCAACAAGAUUUUUGUUCCUGCACCAAAGGGGAAGGACGCGUUGUUUUCAAGCUAUCAACGUCGGAGAGAUCCACAGCCACCCACACCAAUGAGAGGACCAGAACAGUACGAGCCCGAUGGAAAACGCUAUACCGUUAACGGACGUCAUGUCAGCUACAUGUCUUGGUCCUUCGAUUUCAGAAUGGAUUCCAACAGUGGCAUGCAGAUCUACGAUAUAAAAUUCAACGGAGAGAGAAUUGUUUACGAGCUCAGUCUUCAAGAAGCAGCUGCAACAUAUACAGGUUAUUAUCCAGCCGCUUCGUGGAAUAACUUCCUCGAUGGAGGCUGGGGAAUGGGAGCAUACAGCAUGGAGCUGGUUCGUGGUGUGGAUUGUCCCUACUCCGCAACAUUCUUUGACCUAGUGCACAUGUUUGAAAAACCAACGACUGUGCGAAACGCCGUCUGUGUAUUUGAACUAAACACUGGAAUGCCACUUCGCCGACAUUAUGAUAACAACUUUUACAAUGGUUAUAAAUUCUACGGAGGAAUGACCAACCAAGUUUUAGUUCUGCGUUCUGUGGCGACGCUGUAUAACUAUGACUACGUGUUUGACUUCUUAUUUUACCAAAAUGGUGUCAUUGAAGUUAAAAUGUCAGCCUCUGGGUACGUCUAUGGAGCAUUCUAUGACUCCAACAUGGACCCUUACGCAUACCCCCUCCACAAGGAUUUCACAAGUGGUACACACGAUCACCUCAUCAAUUAUAAAGUAGACUUGGACAUUGGUGGGCGUAAGAACUCUUUCGAGACCAUUGAAAUUGGAAUCGAAAACAUCACUGAGCGAUGGUUUCCCGAUAGACGACGUGUUCAGAAAGUUCUGAAACGCGAUGUGAAGAAAACAGAGAUGGACGCCGCUUACAAGUUUGACUUCGACCAUCCAAUGUACCUAAACUUCUUCAAUGAAAAGAAGAAAAACCGAAUGGGUGUGAAAAAAGGAUACCGCAUCCAGCUGGACAACAUGUUGAAGCAGUUGUACCCAGAAGACUGGAUGAUCACACCGAUGUUGAGCUGGUCCCUCUACCAAAUGGCUGUCACCAAAUACAAAGAGAACGAGACACAGAGCAGCUCUAUAUAUAACCAACAGUCACCGACAAAUUCCCAGGUUUGUAAUUAAUUUGUUUAAGGAAAUGAUUCAUCUGGAGCAUUCCAUGUGGGAGUGGUGGUAAAUCGAUAGCAUCUUACAAUUACACAAGACGUAGCCUUCAUAUAUGUGUGUACUUGUUUCUUCUUCUCCCAUCUGGGCUUGUACCUCUCUCCUUGAGCCUGACUCCGGAUUUCUAACACAAACCUUCCACGCACGAAAAAGGAAACCAGUGGGAUAAAAUUGCUUGGUUCGUUUCUCAGCCCUUCAGCUAAAUAAGAGUCAGGAAUAUUUUCAAAAUACUCCGUCAGCUCUCAGAAAUGAUUUUUGGGUUGGUUGCAUCCCUUACUCGUCGUCAAAUUAUCUGUAAUUAUUUUUAUCUAAAUCAUUUGAUUUUGAGUGGCAACUACACUUUUUAUAAGCCCAUUUUGGUAUGUUUUAGGUAGGUCGUGAAACAGAUAAAUCACUUGCUUUAUCUCGACUAAGAGCGCUGUUUGACUAAGCGUUGCAAACCCAAAACCAAAUGUAUCACAACAGCCAAUUAGAAGAAAGGGAAAUCCUGUUAAAGCUAAUAAAAGUUAAAAAUAUUUGUCUCAUAUUUUUCCCAGGUUGAUUUCCGUAAUUACCUCGUGGAUGAUGAUCCCAUUGUCAAUGAGGACCUGGUUUCCUGGGUAACAAUAGGGGCGAUGCACGUGCCUCAUUCAGAAGACUUGCCUAACACCGCUACGGCUGCCAACUCCGCCAGCUUCUUCAUAAGACCUUUCAACUACUUUGACGAGGAUCCUUCCAUCGGAUCUACCAACGCCAUUUUGAUCAAACCCAUAAAGCCGUAUAAUUUCACUGGGCAGAUAGUGGAGCGAUAUGGCACUCCUGUGGGACCACAAUGCAUCCCCAAGGACUAUAAAAUUGACUUUAAUGGAACUUACCUUUAUGGAUAGAUGGGUUAUUUUGAGUUAUUUCGAACACUUCCGUUCCGUUCGAUCUCGGACGCUAUCGUCUUCUUUCGGACGCCAUAGACAAUUUUUGUACCCUAUUACCUGAAUGGUAACUGUUCGUUUCGCUUUCAAGUCGUUUCGCUAAAAACCAUGCCAAUUCACUAACGUCUCAUGUCGUUUCGCUAACGUCUCAGGUCGUUUCGCUAACGUAUUACGAAACGAUAAGUGAUUCCAUCAGCAGAACUUGAUCGAUUUCUAAUCGGCCUAAAAGUCGGAGGGAGUUAGUUCGUUUCCAUGCAAACUAAAAGUCGAUUUGAUACAAGCCAGAGAUUAUGUCUUGAUACAAGUCGGUUCAAGACAAAAUGAAGUCGAAAAAAAUGCAUAUACAUGUAGUGAUCUUUGCGACUUCGACCAAUCGAUACAGUCUAUCAUCGGCCGAUCUUACGCGGUAUUGCUGUACAGCAUUUCAUUUGUCGCUACUUCAAAGAAAACAAAAAUGAGUGCAGACGGCAGUGAAAUAACCUCAAAUGUUAGUGAAACGACCUUUGAGACGUUAGCGAAACGACCUGAGAGGUUAGGGAAUUGGUCAUAAGCGCAACGACCCGUAUGCGAGACGACUGCAAACCAUCUGAACUGCAAACGGUCCGAUUUCGAACGAUUGCAUUUGAUUUCGGAUAGUUCUGCUCUAACUUGAUUUUUUUUACUAUUGUAGUUGACGCUUAGUUUCAAAAAGCUUCAAAAGGCUGGUUUUGAGUCAGAUAACGUAAAUACAUAAAAAUUUCUCAUUGAUAACACAUGCAUGUUUGUUUGGCCUGCCGCUGAACUGUUUUUCCUCUCCUCUGCGACCUGUUUGUUCUGUAUUGCUGACCUGUUUACACGGUAAACCAAUCUGACUAGAUAUUGUCAGAGAAUUCAGUGUGUAGCGCUGAAAUGUAGGUUUUAUACAAUGUGAGUUUAGCUCUCAGUUCCUAUAUAUGUAGCGACCGUCUGUCCAGUUUCUCAAUGGAAUUAUGUAUUGCUUCCUUUAGAUCGUACAGUCUUGCAUGGAAUCAAUUAUACGAUUGGCAUUGCCCAGUGGGAUUGUCUACUUGUUUUCAAAGAAGCACUGAUUACGGACGUUUUCCGCUUAAAUGUAGAAAGGGCAGCCCUAUCCAUUGAAUGAACUCCUCCCCCUAGAAUAUAUCAAAGUCCCCGAUACUCUCAGGAGCUUGUUGUCAUCCGACUUUGGAGGAAGUUUGGCUCAGUAAGAGCGAUGGCCCCGUAAUCUGGUAGUCUCGGGUUCAAAAUCUUCAACUUGCUACUAACUGAAGUUGUUCUUAAUUGUCCCGAGUGCAAUUCCUUGGCUGCCCUCUCUACAUGACCGACUCGUCUGCCUCCUGCCAGUUGGGAUUUUCAAAAGCUGUAUAUAUUUAUGUUUUUUACAAUGUUUACCAGAUCAUUACUGUUAAUUGCUAACAAUUGCUUAUUGCUAUAAAAUAGAGCCGCCUCGUUAUCAUUAUUAUCUUUAUUAUUAUCUUUAUUAUUAUUAUUAUUAUUAUUAUUAUUAAUUGAAGAUCUCCAUUGUGGAGCAGGCCAUGUGAGAAGAAAAAUGAGACUGCUCCACAAAAAGUAAAAACUAUUCUGAGAGAAGUAUGACUGGUAUAAAGGGCCGAAAAUAUAUAUUUGGAAAAAAACUUCACUAAGACAUACAAAAUUAAAUUGAGCGUUUUUCAAACGAACGGAUGCAAGCAUGAACUCAUCGCAAAUAGAGCUUUGUAAGUACCUCCUCGCGCGCGACCCCCUCCUUCCUAAAGAUCUCUUCACGCUCGUCUCGUACUUGUAACGUACUCCGAGGGUGAUGUCUUUGAAAAUGACCCCUGACCCGCUGGCUUUUGGACAUUUUAAGUUUUUUCGUUCUGUUUUGUUUUGUUUUUACUUUUUAAAAGCAUAUGAAAAAAACCUACUGCCAGUGGAACUAUAUCCCAAAUCUUCGCAACCGUUUUUUUUUAAUGUCACGCAACACUACCCAUUCUAUGGCACCCUGGAAGGAUCCCUGAUAAAAGAGAUCACACGGCACUUGGCUUCUCUUCGAAUAGGAUUUAAAUUGCAGCUCCCUCAUUUGUUUUCAAUCUACAUCUUUAGUCUCUAGCCUUAAUAAGAGGCUAAUUAAUAAUAGGGCUUUGGAUCGUAGCUCAAUAAGAGAAGGAGGUACACGCGCGUACUCACGCGGGACAAAGUGUGAUCGCGAUGUAACGUGACUGGGUACUACUCCCCAUUCCUCCCCGUCUGGGGGGCUAAGUUCAUUCAGUUCAGUUCUUUAUUUGGCGGUCUUUGUGCGUACAAAGGCAAAAGGGGAAUCUCUCUUCACUCUUCACAUAUCUGUCCAGGAAUUGCUUUUUGCACAAAUGUCUAACCCGGAAACGCAGCCGAAAAAAAGGAAAGAGCUGGAGGACUGCGACGAAGAAAAUCCAAAGAAAUCAAAGACUGAAUCUGCUGACACCUUGAUCGAUUCGUCAGGUCAUGAAACAAAUGACACGAAGGAAAACCACUUAGGAGACGAAACCUUACCCGGGGCCGGAUCAGAGGAGGCCACAGAACUCGAUAAAGCCCAGGUAGAGUGGAUUUAGAGCAAAUGUUUCUCAGGGAUUGCGCCCCUCAGCUGGUUUCGAUCGCUUAGGUCAAAUUUCUCUUUGAGGUGCAUUUUGCCGGUCAGUAACUUCCAAUUUUUUUUUUGUAAGAUUUAAUUAUUGUUUACGAUUUCUAGACCACAUCUCAAAAUCUUAGUCAUCGAUAGUUGCUCAAAGUUUUGAAAAGGUUCGCCAUGUGCUAAAUCACUCAUGAGGUGCAGAAAUUUUUCAAGAACGUAAUCGCUCAACCGAAAAAACUUCGGUCUUGAGAUGCAAAUGUUAGAUUGAUCGACAAUGGAUAGAAAUUUUCUGUGGAUGCAUGCUAAUCUCUUUGUUCGACAGUUUCCGGUUCACUAAAGGAAAAUGAUUUAUUUUCGGCCAAAAGAUCAAUGAAAUCAUCGUGAAGGAAAUAUUUGCUGGCAUGACAGCGGAGCACAUGACGAAAUUUCAAGAAUUGUGUUAUGUGACAUUCGAAACGAAUCAAUAACAACAGAAAUCCUUUCGCGGGAAAUUAACAUGCGCCGCAGAUAUGAACAAGCUGUCGCAAAUUAUAUUUUUGGUUUCUGCGAUAUUAUUAAAAUCACUGAAAUGACACACAAAGAUUUGCUUCUUGUAACGCGCUUUUGUGCGAUGUUUUGAGUUAUUCGUCAGACGAAGUUAUGUCCUCAUUCAUUUAAAUAACAUAAUUGCAAUUGCAGCAGAAACUAAUGAUUUUAGCGUUGGAGAAAUUUGCUCGUUUGAGCUUCAAAAUCCUUACCGCUUUAAUUAAGACACAAAUCUGCAUUUCCCCUAAGGUCCUCUGAGAUUCAACAAUAUAAUUUUUAUCUUAUUUUCCAAAAAAAAAUAACUUGCAGUUUACUUUAGUCUUAUCACAAUCUGCAAAAUUUUAAUGAUUCGGUUUCCAAACUGUUUUUACGAAAUUAUUCGUGGAUCGAUUUAGACCUAUUUUAACCGGAUCAUUGGACGUACAAAGUGAGGAGUACAGAUUGAAAAAUUAUGGCGUUAUUCAAGUAAAAAUGCUCGGUACAAAGGCCGGGUUUUGUUCAAAAUUUCUUAAAUGCAGUAAUUUGCAUAUUUAUAAUACCAAACAUCUGUCUUGUUAAUAUUGUAUUUCUUGCCAUUCUAAGUAAAAAAGUUAACCUUAUUGUAUAGCUUCCUGGUUGUUUUUCAAUUUAUAUGGAUAUUGUACUUGUGCUAAAUGGAGACCACAUGGUGGCUGGGUGAAUACAAGAUAUUAAUGUAAAUUGAUGUGAUGAGUUUAACCUACAUGCCUUGUCACAUUUCAAAUGACUUUCUUGAUUAAUGGUUCCUGGGUUUUCAGAAGUUCUUUAUGUUACUUUCAAGAUUUUCAUUUUAGUGAUUAGAACAGAAGAUCAAAAGAUAACUGUGAUGAGUGUAAUCUUUGUACUCAUGCCUGUUACAUUUGAAAUAACUUUCUUGAUUAAUGGUGUGGUGCUUGGGUUUUCAGAAGUUCUUUUUUAUCUUUCAAGAUUUCCAUUCUGGUGAUUAGAACUUAGGAUAAAAAAAAUAAUUACUGUGGUAGUUAAAUCUAUGUAUGUACUCAUACCUUGUCAGAGUUAAAUUUUUUUCUUUGUUUAAAUUAAUGCAUGGUGCUUGAGUUUUCAGAAGUUCCUUAUGCCUUUUAGAUUUUCAUCCCAGUGAAUCUACCUGAAAAUAUGUUCCCUUUGUUAAAAGAUGUUUGAGGAAGGUGUCAUAGCUUCUUAUUUGGUACUCUGGCAUUUUUGGUUAAAAAAAAAUGUCAUUAAAACCAGUGUUGAACCAAAGUACCCCUGUAGUAGUCUAAUUGUCCAAAAAUACUGUCCAGAAAUGUUUCCAGUAACAAAAGUGAUAAAAAUUCAUCAAAAUCAUCAAAUCCAACAGGCUGAUUGCACUUUAAUGAAUUUGACUAAACUUUGUAGCCGAUUUAGCUUUGACAAAUUUGCCUAAAUUAUGGGCAGAAUUUUCAAAUCCAUUAACGUUCACUCGGUUUCAUGAAAUUUCAUCAAAUCCUGCAUGCAUUUCUGGACAUAAAUGGAUAAGCCAGUAGGCCUUUUUCCCUUUGUAUUUUUUUAAAAUGUAACAAAACAAAAGCCUUAUAAUGCCUAUAAAUUAAACCUUUGACCCCUAAGAUUGACCAGCAUCUAAUUUCUCUUAACAAUAUCAGCCCUGAGUCAAAUAUUUAGGUCAUAAGAAUAGAGGAAAAGAUCAUCAACAGAAAAGGCUUUUGAUUGUUAAACAAAUUCUCAUUGUUAGUACCUUAGUGAAUGUAUAGAGAACAGUAGAGAGAAUAUGCAUACUGAUGUUAGGCUGUAAAGAGUUAAAUGUAAGCAUAUAACAUGACUUGUAGUUGCACUUUCAUGAGGAAGUUGGGUUGAGCUGUAAGUUCUUGUCACAAAACAUUCAGUCAUUGGAGAAAACUAGCGAAAAAUUUUGAACUUUUUUUUUUUUUAUUUUUUUUUUUUUUUACAUGACCUUUGACAUGAAUUCCAUGAUGAAAUCCCUUGAAAGGGCUUUCAUCCAAGAAUUUUAAGAUAGAACUAGAUAUUUAUUUUGAAUAAUGAAAAAGAAGAACAAAAAAACUAAUUUUAACUGCAUUGUCCCAAACUAAAUAUGGAAAAUUGAGAAUUUUGCUUCUAUUUUUUUUUAAAGUCUCCAGCACCACCUAACACAUGUGGUAAGCUUCUUAUAAGUGGAGCAACAAACUGGGACCUAGUUGGACGGAAGGAGACACCAAAAUCUGCUGGUAAGUUUGUGUUUCAUGAAACUCUUAUUUUGGUCAACAGGCUGCCUAGGGGUUUAAGACAAUGUUUGAAUCAUGAGUGUUACACAAAGUAUUCUGAGUAAAGCAAAAUUCAGGAAAUCAAUAACUGUAUGCUUUAAAUGACCUAAAAUUUGUCAUGUUAAUUAUUUCCCAUCACCAUCACAGUAAAAUGUGCCUUUCAUGCAUGUUGACCCCUUAGCUAACUCAAGAUUAACCCAAUUUGCUGGCCAUUGACUCUUGUUGUUUGCUAAAUUCAGCUGUAUUGAGUUCUUAAAUGGCUCAGAGGUAAGCAUGCUCGACUCUGAAUGGUAAGGUUAGGGUUUGAGCUCUUGGUGGGGGAGGGGGUUGUUCAUUGUGCUGUGUUCUUGGACAAGAUACUUUUCUCUUACUUGACCUCUCUCUGCCCAGGAUGAUAAAAUAGGUGCUGGAAAUUACUUUAAGGAAACUUGAUAGGUUGCUGGAUAUUCACCAGUGAUGCAGAUGGUACUGAAACUGUAAUAAGUAAGGAGUUAUGAGGGGUGAUAUGUUGAGCUGAAUUAUACAUGCAUUUUGAUUUUUUCUUACAUAUGAUCUGUAAGAGGACAGAUACACAAAUGAAAUGACCCUUAACAAAAUUUUGCUAUUUUAUCAUUGUAAAAAAAUGUAUUAAAUUCCAUUCGGUCAUGUUACUGUUCAAUAAUAGAUCACAGAAAGUGUCAAAAAUAUAGUAAGAGCAUCAUUGACAAUUCAGCCGCACCUUGUGUCACUCUUUUUUUUUUUUUUUUUCCCACAUUUUGAUGUCAUUUUGUAAAGCAACAUUGUAUUUUUUUAAGUAGACUCUUUUAAAUUUCUAUCCCUCUGUUUGGUCAAAAGAAAAAAAAUACAAAGCUAAAAAGAAAAAAAAUGAUAGGCUAGGCCAUUUCUACCAUAUAGCAAAUAAGGCAAUUAAUUUAAUAGAGGGGGUAAUUUUUUAACCCUUUAACUCCCAUGAUUGACCAAGACAGAAUUUCUCCUUACAAUAUAAAUACAAUAUCAAGCAUGCAAGUGAUGAGAAUUAGGACAAAUAUCAAUUAGGGGAUUAUAAGUUCAUCCAAUCCCAAAUUCUCUAAACUUACGUCACAAGAACUGUAUGGAAGACAGUAAGGAGAAUUAUCAAUUAGAUCUUGGGAGUUAAAUGGUUAAAGAAAUCUUUAUAUAACAAGGUCAUUAGCCCUUUGUUGUUUGCUCAAAAUGUCAGCUUACAAACUUCUUAAUAUGGUAACCAAUUUACAUUAUCAACUCAGUUGACAAACCAAAUAAUCCAAUUAAUGUAAUGUCCUCAGGUAAUGCAGGAGGUCCAAACUUAUGGGAACCGCACAGCAUCUCAUCACUGAACCACAUCAGAGUGCAGCUGGUGGCUUCAGGUCCAAGUGCUUGUCAUAGCAUCAUCAUCUGUGAAGAUGGAACUGCUAUGAGUUUUGGUAAGCAUGCAAUUUGAUGUCGUUAUUUGGCCAGUAAAAUGUAAGUGUGAAAGUUUGGACUCUAAAUUCUCCAUUUUUGUGGAAAUUGACCCAAGCAAUUUUCCGUAGCAUUUGAUGUCUGUCAGGAAAACUUUAAUGCCCGAGAUCUGAUUGAUUAUUCUCCCCUUUAGCUGUCACACAUUUUCCUUGAAAACUAGUAAGGAGAAUUUGGUGUUACAUGUAUAUCACGACAACAUUGUAGUAUUUUUGAUAAGGUUGAUAAUGUAUGGUUAUUUUUGGGAGGAGUUACAUGGUAAUAAUUAUAUUCAGGGGGUUUAAGAGUUAACCUUUGGAGACUGGUGACUUUGACAUGUGAUCCAAGUUUUCAAUAAUUUUAAGGAUUAGGUUUCAGGAUUAAGUUUCAAGGCCCUAUUUAGUCUUGAGGCCUUUACUUCCAAGAUCUCCUUAUUGUCUGCCAUACAAUUCUUGAGAUGGUAGUUCAGAGAAUUUUGUUUUGGAUCAACCAACAAUGCUCUAAUUCCUAUUAAUUUUUUUAUUCCCAUCACUUGUCUACUUGAUAUUGUGUUGAUAUUGUAAUGAGAAAUUGUUAAUUGGUCAGUCAUGGGAGGUAAAGUACAUAAAUGAAUUACACCUUGAUCAGUGCUUCACAUGUGCAUUGAUAUUUAGUCUCUCUCAAAUGUUUGCUACAUCUUACAUAAGUGACUUUAUCAGGGUUUAACAUUAAAAGUUUUUAUUUCUUAUAAUUUACAUACAUCUAGACAUUGCAUGUUUUUCAGCAAUGAGUGACUAGUUUAAUUUUCUAAGGUCGCAAUGACAAUGGUCAGCUGGGACAUGGAGAUGUGGUACGCUGUGACAAGCCCAAAGUAAUUGAGAGUUUAAAGCACUACACUAUCGUGCAAGCAAGUUGUGGAAAGGCACACACCCUGGUUCUCACAGGUUUGCAGCAGUGAUAUUUAAAUUUUUUUUUAGCUUUGAUGCAAGAUGCAAGCUCUGGCAAUUUCAGUUCUAGAGUCACUCCCUCCUCUCCCUGCAACCCCCUUUCUUCCCCCCCCCUCUCCACUCUGCAAGGGUUAUUUGGGGCUGAGAAGAAGAGAGACCCUGGAAACAAGUUUUCAGGCUUACAGUUUUUUUUUUUAGGGUGGGGGGAGAAGGGGGUGGAAAACCAAGCUGCAUGGCUUAGAGCAUUUAAGCAAAUCAAGAGCUGUGGGAAAUCUAUUGAAUAAAUGCAUACCCACAUGGGGCUGAAACUCACAAAUUCUCAUUGCAAGCUUCUUUGUUUGGUACAAGAAACCUGAAAAUAUGGUAGCUGUGAUUAUUUAAUGAUGGUCACAUCACUCAUUACUAGUAAUAACUGUUGUUUUCAGCUGAGGGUAUCCUGUUUGGUUUUGGUGGAAACAAGAUGGCUCAGCUGGGACAAGGACAUCAAAAACCAGUUGUGGCCAAGCCUGUUCAGGUACCAUUUUGAUCACAUUUUUGGAGGAUUGUGCCAACUGUUCCUUUACCAGAUUUACCAGAUGUUCCUCAAUGUAUAGCCUAGUGCACAAUGAAAUGGAGAAGGAACUUGGAAGGGGGGGGGUGGGGGGUAUUGUUUAUGUAAAUACUUGGAUGAUAGCCUGCUCCACCUCCUUCCUGCUCCACUAAACAUAAACUGUAGUAUUGUCAUAUCUUUGGGCUACAUGUAUGUAGCACUCAGUGGGAAGUAUACCUAUGUUUGAAAGAAUAUUAUAGUUUUAUUUUGACUUGCAACUUAUUCUUCAUCAAAGUGUACUGAGUAAGCAUUACUAUCUAGUACGUCCCCCUCUCAAAUAGGCCCUCAUCUGUAAUAAGCCUCCAUCUCCCAAAAAAGUGGAGCCGUUCUGAUAAGCCCUCUCCUUUAAAUGUGCUCCUCCCUAAUAACUGCUUCCUUCUGUUAAUAGGCCCCCCUCUAAUAUGCCUCUCUCAAAAAACCCAUUCUUUCCUAUAAUGCCCCUUUCUAAUAAACACCCUAUCUGAUAAGCCCCGUCCUCAAUUAGACUCCCCUCUCUAUAGUGAGCCCCCUUGCUAAUAGGCCUCCCCUAUCAGAAAGCCCCCUCUAUAAUAAACCCCACUAUCUAAUAUGCUCUCUAAUAACCCUCUCCUCUCUCUAAAAGAUCUCCUACUCUAAUAGGCACUUAGCUCUGCGAAGGGGGGCCCUCCCCAUUUCUAAUGGACCCCUCCCAGUGAUCCACCCAGCUGCGCCACGUGUACUACAUUUUGACGUUAUCUGUAAUGUAUCGCUGAUCAGACACACGGGAACAUGGAUUCUAUUGUCAGGGUGAUAACGGUAAUGAUGAUGAUGAUGAUGAAGGUGAUACUGAUGAAGAUGAUAAUAAUGAUAUCAAUCGUAAUUACUCUCUCUCUCUUUCUCUGGUUCCCUUCCAUACAAAGAUUGUUCACCCGAACAACAAGAAGAUAAUCAAGACCGCAUGCGGGGCAGAGUUCAGCAUGUUUAUUGAUGACACCAACUUGCUGUAUUCGUUCGGUCGCCCGGAGCAUGGUCAGCUGGGACAUAACACAGACGGGCAGUACUUUGUCACAUCUAACAAGCUGGCAUUUUAUUGCGAGGUGCUACCUAGACACGUGGCAGUUUUUGUCGAAAAAACAAAAGAUGGAUUCACCCAUAUCAUGGACGAUGUGAAAAUUGUCGGUGUUUCAUGCGGAAAUAACCAUACGGUAAGAAAAUGGAAUAUUACCCAAUUACUGUUCGCUUUGGUUAUUUUCUUUGUAGGAAGUUUCAAUCCGGGAAGCUAGGAGUUGGUCGUCGGUCGUCGGAAGUCAGCCUCGUUCGUGGCUCCAAUGCUUUUUAACAUGUACAUACUGAUAUGACAUGUACAUACUGACAUUCUAUUUAAGAAUUAUUCCACGACCGCGUGUUGGAUAUGAGGUGGUAGCGCCUCAAUGGCUAUAACCAAUCUCGAAUCCAAAAGCGAGAUUGGAAUAGUUGUGUUAUUAAAUUUCAUCAAAUCGUAAACGUUAAGAUAAUUGGAGCUCUCUAAGGCAAAUAUUUUUUUCGCUCUGCACACUUGGCGCAAUUUAUUUCCAUAUAAGGUGACUCGGAAUAUGAGCUGAUCACCAGAGUUGAGUGAACCAAUCAGAACACUAGAAAUACAAUAUUUGGAGUUGAAAAUUUAGCAGUACAAGAUGGAUACAUCUAAAGCCUGUAUGCAGUUGUUAGAACCAAAUUUCUGAUUGAAAAGGAGCCAGUGUAUUUUGAUAUCUUUCAGAUUGUACGAGAUUCUAAGGACCGAGUUUUUACUUGGGGAUUUGGUGGUUACGGCCGGCUCGGCCAUCAACAACCCAAAGAUGAACAUGUGCCAAGACUGGUUUCUUUCUUCAAAGCAAAAAGUGAGAGCAAACGUAUUGUAUUUUUGUACUGUCUUUUAUUAUUGUUGUUGUCAAUUUUUUUUUUCACGACGGGUAUUAUAGUUUUUGUUCUAAACACUUUAUCAGAAAUCAGAGAUCUAUCACAGCUUUCCAGAAUCAUUGCCAAUCUCUCUGACGAAGGGCUAAUACUCGAAACGUCAGCCUUUAAACUCUUUACGGUGGCCAGUUUACAUUUUAAACUCAGUUGAUAAUACUAAGUUACCCUGUUAUACUCUCCCACCGACGCAGCGCCACAGUUUCUUUAGAAACUUACCCCUUUAUUCCAGAAUUAUUGUUGUGUACCUUUCCUGUGAUCACGAAACUUUUCUAAAGCGUUUGUGAAACAAAUUCUGUACCUUCCUCUUAUUCUCUUGGUAAGGAAAGUGUGUUCUGAAAGUACCUCAAAUUUCCACACGAUACUGUAGUAUUUAUUUUUAUUACUAAUGAGUUAUAUACAGCACUGUCCAUGUCUCCAUCGUCGUUAUCUUCAUUGACGGUGGAGUUAAUGCUUUUAGCAGGUUAUCUUUUAUGUUUAUCAUCACCUUAAACAGCAAGGCGAAUAAACUAGAAGAAAAUCUAUUCUCUCCGAGAAUUUCCCUGAGUGUGACCGAGAUCUCGUUUAGAUGUGUUGAAGCGUUCUCUUCCAGAGUGAUAAAUAAAGUUUUCCUUCUCUCUCUCUCUCUCUCUCUUUAGGUGUCUCGUCCGUCCAUGCCGGUGCAAGCUAUAGCAUGGCGGUCAGUGCUGGUCAGCUGUACUUCUGGGGACAGACCAAGAGCACGGGGGAUGCUACUAUGUACCCGAAACCGGUCCGGGACAUGUCAGGAUGGGAUGUCCGCAGUGUAGGAUGCUCGUAAGUUGUAAAAGCUAAGCAAAGAUAUGGCUGAGAUAUAGAGGGGGGUGUUGGGGUUAAUUUGGUCCCCUUGGGGUCCAGAAUAAGAGCGCGGGAAAUGCCACCAUGUACCCGAAACCGGUCCGGGACAUGUCAGGAUGGGAUGUCCGGAGUGUGGGAUGCUCGUAAGUUGUAAAAGCUAAGCAAGAAUGUGGCUGAGAUAUAGAGGGGGUGUUGGAGUGCAUUUCAUCCCCUCGGGGUCCAGACCGAAGAGCGUGGGGAUACCACUAUGUACCCGAAACCGGUCAGGGACAUGUCAGGAUGGGAUGUUUGGAAUGAAGGAUACUCGUAAAUGGAAAAGGCUAAGGAAUGAUGUGGCUGAGAUAAAGAGGGAGUGUUGGGGUUCAUUUGAUUCCCUUGGGGUCCAGUCUAAGAGCGCUGGGGAUGCCUCUAUUUUCCCGAAAUUGGUCCGGGACAUGUCAGAAUGGGAUGUCCGGAGUGAAGGAUACGCGUAAUUGGUAAAGGCUAAGCAAGGAUGUGGCUGAGAUAAGGAAGUGGUGUUGGGGUUCAUUUGAUACCCUUAAGGCACCGAACUGAGAACACCGGGGAUGCCACUAUGCAUCUGAAACUGAGCCGUGACAGUCCAAAGUCUAAGAUACUCUUUAGUUGUGCAGCCCAAACAAGGGCGCAGCCUAGAUCAGGAAUGGGAUGAUAAGGCUGUAUUUAAGCCCAAUUUAUAAUGAAAAGUUAGAUUUUUGAGUAAUUAUCCUAAUGUCAAAGGGUACGCUGGAAAGGAACCACUGCUUUUCUUUGUUUAUUUGUUUGUUUUGUUUUUUUUCUCGAAGCGUCGAUUAUCAUGGCGACUAAGGUCAGGGAACGGGCAGGGAGAAAAGAUAAAAGUCAAGUCCAUAACUCAUCCAUUUCUUCUAUUCUGUAAACAUAACGUAAUUUGUUGAAAAUAUACAAAUACAUGGCGAGGACGGCUCUAGUGGAAGCCGAAGGCUGCUUCUUCAAAGAUACAUUUCUCUUUUCGUUGGUCAGGAAAUUGCAGUUUUGUUAGGAAAGUGCGGAAAAAGUCAGGGAAUUUAGGAAAUAGGUUCGUCGCAACAAUAACCACAGAAACAAUAAUUUCGUUGCCUACUUGAAGGAAUUUUUUUUAAAUUUUAACCUUUUUUUGUCAAGAUAAUGUAGAUACUUAAUGAGAGUAAAUGCUUCAUUUUCUUAACAGCAAAACAAGCAUUGUUCUGGCAGCAGACGACAGUGUGGUCAGCUGGGGACCGAGUCCGACGUACGGGGAACUGGUGCGUAGUCCACUCGUUGUUUUUAGUUAUUCCAAUGUUUAGGUCCAUACUGCCGUUUUGUUUUUGUUUAUUUAUUCGUGUCGGUCUAAAAAACGGUGUAUGGUUCGCCAUUCACAGCUAAGGCGACAACUUGAAUAGACUAGUGUUGUGGUAGCACAAUUAGUGCAGAGCACCAACUUGUUAUUUGGCAGUCAUUACCUGCGAGUGCAUCUGUUCUAACUAUUUCAUAUUCAUGCAAGAGAAAUAGUUUCAUUAACACUGACAAAAGGAAUGCCAAGUAUUUGCCAGAAUUGAAUGAAUACCUAUCAUCAACCACGCUCGAGGUCUUUGCUAAACGUUACGGGGAAUGCACGGGCAUGAAAAGGGAGGAGAAAUAACGGGGAACCUCGACUUUCUUUUGAGGCCGAGAAGACGACGUUUGACAUAUAAUUAUAUGUUUACCGUCUAUACAGUGAGUACAGGAAACGAUUUAAAGACACGUGGAACGGCUUCAAGAUACUCGUGAUUAUCUCCCUAUUGAAGUUAAGGAUAUUAUAGAGAUGAACAGAAAAAAAUUUGGGCAACAUAAGAGCUUUAAAUUUCCGUAGGCAAUACGGUAGAGAAGGGCCCGCUGAAUUGACUGAUUACAUCGCGCGUUGUUGCUGAUAUAUAUUAUGAAAACAGUUUCUCUGUGAGGUUCAGUUACUGUCCUUAUUAAAACUUGCGUGUUUAAAUAUUAUGAAACUACGUUUAUUUUUCAGGGAUAUGGAUUAAAGAAAGGAGGACAAAAAUCGUCAUCAAACCCGAAGAUAGUCGAACCUCUGGAAGGGAUUUACAUCCAACAGGUCAGCUGCGGUUUGGGGCACACCUUGUACAUUGCACGUGACGAGGAAAACGAUCGAGCACUACUUGACAAAUUGCCCGUUUACGACCCCGACAAGGUAAGAUAUUUUGAUAAGCCUGGUAAGCAUAUAAUCUUGCAGUUGCAAGGAUUUUAUGCAAAAAGCGUUGAGUGAUUGGUGAUUGAUGCAAGGAUGUGGCAAAAGCGAGAGGGUUUAUGUGACCCCCUAAAACUAAGAAAGUUUGAUGAUUUUAAAACAACCUUGCAGGGCACCAUGUAAAUAAUCUACCGUAUGGGAUUUUGUCCUCGAAAGGAAAGUAGAAGGAGGUUUAUCUUUUUAUCUUUUUGGAGAGGGAUGUAUCAGAAACUUUUAGCUCUUUGGGGCUUAACCGAGACGGGAGAUGAAUAAGAACUCCAGGGGGUGGCAUUUUGUCUUCACUGAGUAAGAAUCUCAGUUUAGAGAAAGCUACUGUCCUGUUAGCUUUGACUUCAUGUUCCUUUGACCUCAUAUCAUCUUUAUUUUUUUCUGCAGAUGUGAUUCUGACCAAUGUUACCUCUUACAAAUGUCACUCGUGUCACGGCUUCUGCUUACGUCAGUGUUACGUCACAAGUCACGUGAUUCAAUGCGUGCGUAGUCUUCUUGAUUCGGAAUUACCAGCUGUUUCCAAAUUAUUUAUAUUUGUACGUUUUGUGAUAUUAGAUAGUUUAGAUGAGCUUCUUACUGUAAAGGGCAAUGAGAAAGUGACAUUGUUUGCGUUCCCAGGGUAUCUCUGGUGGGCGAGAAAUAGUGAGAAUCUGAGAACGAGAAUAUUUCUAACAGGGCAGUAAGACUGAGAAAUGUUUGGGUCUCGUUGUCGAAUAUUUUCAAAUCAAAUGCCAAAGCACAAUUCCCAGCCCUGCUUAGGUUUAUUUUUCUUACAAAGCUGACUGAAAAAGUUCCAGUUGAGAAAUAUAUUAAACAUACCAAGUUUCUCUGCGAUGGUUUGAUUUUUAUGUAGAAAAGCAAUUUUUGAUUAAGUUCUUUCCUAAAGAAUGUUAUUUCUAUCAUUUCCUCAGUUUUUCUUUCGUACGACAUGUUAUCUAUUUAUAGCUGUUAUUCCUCCAAUUUCUUCUCCAGAGAGAGAAAGAGACAAAACGUCUAAAAUCUGAAGCAAAUUGUUUAAAUAAUCUAAUUAUUUAGUGACGACGUGUGACAUUAGAUUAAAUAUUAAGUACCUAUAGUAGUGUCAAAUCAAGAAAAACGCUAUAUAGAUAGAGAAAUUCAGUAUUUAGAAACAUGGAAGCUUGAUAUUAAUUGUACAUCUAAAAAAAAAAGACAUUUAAAAAGUAUGAGUAGUCAAGCAAACAUAGUGAAAUUAUAUUUAUUUUGCAGAGCUCUAAGAAAAAAAGUAUUGAUUGAAGUGAGGAUGGAUCUUUUCUUCUAGAUUUCGUAGCUGGCUGUUCUGUGUCAAGUGUGAUCGAAGAAGUCGUGAAGCAAACGACGCAUGUCUAUAACGUUGACUGGCGCCUUCGUUUUCAACGAACAAUCACACAAACGCCAAAUACGCGAGCUAAGAAACUUUUUCGCUGUUAUUGUUAUGGU